GACGUUACCAUUUACCAGAAACCCAAAGAGGGAAAAAAAGAGAACCCAAAAAAAUCCCUCGCGAAUUCUUUCAUUCAACAACUGAAAAUUAGGGUUUUGCUGUCAAUUUGAAAACAAUUCAAUUAAAAUGCCUCAAAUUUCAUCUACCUUCUGAAUCAUUCAUUCAUGCUUAGCGAUGCAACUGGGAUUAUGCUUAACCAGGCAACGGUGCGGCGGCUCGAGAAGAAACGACGAAGUUUCAGAUGAAGAAGAAACAAUACCGACACCAUCAAAUUGUUACUGAUGGUGUUGUUAUGUCGCUGUUGUUAUUAAUGAAUGGGAUUUCAAUUGCAGAUGGGUUGGCAACCGAGUUUGCUGAGUCAAAAAAGGAAAACUCGUCCUCCAUUAGGCUUAAGAAACCUCGGCAAUUCUUGUUACCUUAAUUCCGUACUGCAGUGCCUCACUUACACUCCGCCUCUCGCCAAUUUCUGCCUCCGCUUUCAGCACUCUUCUUUCUGUGAUUCGAUUUUGAACGGUGAGAGAAAGCGAGAGUGUCCAUUUUGUAUAUUAGAGAAACGUAUUGUUAGGUCUUUUAGUCUAGAUGGAACCCUAGAUACGCCAUCGAAAAUUCAGAAUUGUCUUAGGAUUUUUGCCGAACAUUUUAAGUGCGGUCGACAAGAAGAUGCACAUGAGUUUUUGCGCUAUGUUAUUGAUGCUUGCCAUAAUACCUGCUUGCGGCUUAUGAAGCUGCGGCGUAAGGGGGUUAUAAACGGUAAUAAUAGUAGUAGUUAUGGUAGUACUGAUGAUAAUACUAGUGUUGUUAAGGAGAUAUUUGGUGGUGCUUUGCAAAGUCAGGUUAAGUGUUUGUCCUGUAAUUGUGAGUCGAAUAAAGUUGAUGAGAUUAUGGAUAUUAGUCUUGAUAUCCUGCAUAGUAAUUCACUUAUUGAAGCGAUGCAAAAGUUUUUUCAGCCUGAGAUUUUGGAUGGUAGCAACAAGUACAGAUGUGAAAAGUGUAAGAAAUUGGCUGCAGCAAGGAAGCAAAUGUCAGUAAGUCAAGCACCUAAUAUCUUGGUAAUUCAGCUAAAGAGAUUUGAGGGCAUAUUUGGUGGGAAGAUUGAUAAGGCUAUUCCAUUUGAAGAUAUUCUUGUGCUCUCGAACUUCAUGUGCAAAGGAAGUCAGGAUCCGCGACCGGAGUAUAAUCUCUUUGGCACUAUUGUGCACUCAGGCUACUCACCUGAAUCUGGACACUACUAUGCAUAUAUAAAGGAUGCUAUUGGUCGCUGGUAUUGUUGCAAUGAUUCGUGUGUGACACUUUCAACUCUACAAGAUGUCUUAUCCGAGAAGGUCUACAUUCUUUUCUUCUCUCGCAGUAAUCAAAGGGCGGCAUCUGCAGGGGCCACUUUUACUUCCAUUGGAGAGAAAUCGUGCAAUCCUAGUGGCAACGAGGUAUCCGAAAAUCAGAAGUUUUCUGUUCUACCUAAAGCUGAAUCUUCAAAGUUCUGUGUUGAACAUUCUAUAGGCAACGAUAUUGCAUCUGUGUCAAGGGUUGAUAAGGUGCCUUCCAGUCCACGGAUAAAGUUUAAUAUUUUUCGCAACUCUGUUUCAAAAAGGGACUCAUCAAGUGUUGUUGCGACGGUUAAUAGUUUUAAGAGUCAAAAUUCAGAAAUGAAUGGGAAUGUAAAAGACACAAUAUCUACAGAGAAACAAAACAAAGAUAUGUCUUCAAUAAUUAAUGGAAAUGGCUGCUACAAGAACAUGAAAAUUGAUGACGGUGAGAGUCGCCAAGCAAUCAGUAUAGCAAGCGAAAAUUGUGCUAUCCAGAAUGGUGCUAUUGAUUCAGUAAAGCCGAGUCCGUACUACUCUAAUGGUACCAGGGGCAGGGAAUCAACACAAAGCACGUCUGGUAACCAUAAAUUGCAAAAUGGUGGAGUGAGUUGCCGUUCUGCCAUUCCUGAGUUGAAGAGAAAAUUAAAAGAGGAUUGUUGCAUUUUUCUUGCACAGGAUGCGCAGUCUCAAGCGAAAGUCGAAGAGUUGAAAGAAGUUCUUAAACAAGAAGCUUCUACAGUUUUGCAAUCAUGUGGUUGGUCUAAUAAGGUAUACAGCUUUAUGUGCUCAAGGAAGAGGUUGUGUGUGCGAGAAUUGGGAAACUUGCCAAGUGAUGCUGAUCUAAAGAAAUUGUUGAUUGCAGAAGCCAAGAGAACCUUUAUUUCACAAAUACCCGAGUCAUUGAAAGAGGAUCUAGUUAAUCGUCUCCAAUCAUUUAGCCAGGAUAAGUGAUAUGGUGGUCAACUGGUAAAUUGAGUCUUUACAUGGUUGUUGGUACAAAAUGGAUGACCGAUCGACUGACGACAGCAUUUUAACCUGUAUUUGGUUAAAAUUGCAAUAUGUAAUUGGGGACAUUGAGUUACUUGGCUACAAUCUUCUUCCUUGAGCCUGUUAAGAUGGUAAAUUUUGUACUAUAUUCUUUUUGGCAGAAUUUUUUAGCAUAUACCAAUUUUCCGCUUAGUUGUAAAUGAAUGCCAUACUUGAGUUUAUCCUCUAAAAUUUAACUCCUUUUCUUUUCUUA